CCUUCUCUAACACACCUGUUUCAACUAAUCACCUGAUUAACCUUAGCCUUUCUUGGGGUGUUUAUAUUUCUUAUCAAUUAAAUGCUCUGCUCUGAAACGCCGUGAGACCACACAACGACACACACUGUGAUGCAGGACUCAACCAUGGAAGACCCCAAAGCAGGGUUAUUUACAAAAGGGGAAUCUCAGCGACAAAGCAGCUUGUUUCUGAAUCUCUUUAAAGAGUUCCGGUUCGAAGCGUUAGGCGACCCUUCGGCUCAGACAGAAGAUUCCAGCAAUCCAAAAAAUUGCAGAGUGAAGAGUCAAGCACAGCAAAUCGUUCUACAUUGCUCGUGCACAUCCUCUUCUCAACAACAGACUGGAAAGGACCAUGACUCAAACCUGUCUAACCAUGAACUCCAAUCUGGAGAGGAUCCAAACCUGUCCUCAACUGUGUUGGACUCUAACUCAAACCUGUCCUCAACUAAACACCAUUCUGAAAAUGACUCUACCUCAAGCUUGUUCUUUUCUAACCACCAAUCUGAAGAGGACACUAACUCAAUCCCAUCCUCUCCUGAAUACCAAUCCCAAGAUGACCACACCUCCUACAUGUCCUACCAUAAACACGUAUCUAAAGAGGACUCUACCUUAAACCUGUCAUUUACUAAACACGAUUCUGGACAGGUUCACACCUCACAAUUAUCAAGUCCUAAACACCAGUUUCAAGAGAAAUACACCAUGCAUGUGUCCUACCAUGUAAACCAGUCUGGAGGGGACUAUAUCUCAAACCUUUCCUCUACUAAACACCAGACUGAAGAGGAACCAACUGCAAACUUGUCCUACCAUGAAAAUGACUACAUCUCAAUCAAAUUCUCCCCUGAACACCAAUUUAAAGAAGACCAGACAUCAAAUCUGUCAUCUCCUGAAUCAGAAGAGAAACUUCUACCACAUUUCAAGUGUCGCUACUGUGGCAAGUCCUUCAGCUCCCAGCGGUAUCUCAAAGUGCACACUGUCCAAAGAGAAGAUGCCUUUAACUGUACAUCAUGUGGGAGGCUUUUCUCUGCUAAAUGUAGCUUGAUCGCUCACAGACAUUCUGAGCAUAAGGGAGAAAAACCUCUGGAAUGUGAAGUGUGUGGAAAAGCUUUUGCAACAGCUAAAGCGAGAGCUGCACAUCAGACUAGUCACAACGGAACCCAACGUUUUAACUGCCCAAGCUGUGACGAAUGCUUCCUGAGCAAGAACAUAGUAAAUGCACACAUCCUAAUUGAGCACCAGGGGAUACAGCCUUUUGGUUGUGACAUCUGUGGUAAAAGAUUCAAGCUGAGGAAUGGACUGAUCUCCCAUCAGCGGAUUCAUUCAGGAGAGAGACCAUACCACUGCGAAGAAUGUGGCAAGACCUUCAUCGCUAUAAGCACCUUUAACGUUCAUCGGCGGGUUCACACAGGAGAGAAGGCGUUUAGCUGUGAAUCAUGCGGAAGGAGGUUCAGCCUAGCUGCUUGUCUGUCCAGACAUCAGCAAAGCCACAGGGAUUCUAAGUCCUUCACCUGUGGCGUCUGCAAGAAGACUUUCGCCCAGGUUAGCCAUCUUCGUCUUCAUCAACGUGUACAUGCUGGCAAGAAAACGCAUGACUGCCAAACCUGCCAGAAAAGUUUCAGUCAUAUCCAGUCUCUCAGGUUACAUGAAAAGAUUCACGUAAUCAAGCGAUCGUUUUCCUGCUCCAUAUGCGCCAAAUCGUUUGGAUCAAAUGCGUAUUUGAAAAAUCACCAGCAGGUUCAUACAGGAAUGAAUCUGCACCGCUGUAAUGAGUGCGGCAAGAGUUUCAUCACAGCCGGCCAUCUUCGCUCGCACCUUCAAGUCCAUCCACACUUGAGACCUUUCGCCUGUGGCGAGUGUGGACGGAGUUACAGCACCCUUGACGAUCUUGUGCGCCACAGACGCAUCCAUACGGAUGACAGCUUCCGCUGUGAGGUGUGCGAGAAGCGGUUUGUGACUAAGAAAAGCUUAUCCUCGCACCAGCGAACACACAGCGGCGAGAAGCCGUACUCGUGCAGGGAGUGCGGAAAGAGUUUCGCACACUUAUCCAGUGUUCUCAGACAUGCCAGUGUUCACACGGAAGAGAAACCCUUCAGGUGUGAUGAGUGUGGGAAAUGUUUCCGCCUGGAGAUUGGCCUCAGAGCUCACACACAGAUGCAUGCGAACAAGCAAGAGCACACGUGCACCGAAUGCGGGAGAGGUUUCUCACGAACAAAACCCUUCCUGAACCACAAAUGUGCAAAGAAGCGAUCUGAGAAUGGGACACGGAAUCCAAAGAGCAAGAAAAGACAAAAGAACGUCUCUGAAAACAUGGUUUAAAUUCUGUAUCAAAGCAUAAAUAUAUAAACUCUUAAAGAAAAUUAAUUUGAAAUGAAAAAUAGAAACAUGAAAAUGUAUAACUUGCCCUUUAUUUACAAGUCCCUCCAGGAUUACACUUUUUUUUUUUUUUUGGCGAUAGCAGAUUUGAGCACAGAAAUCAAACGAUAUUUGGAGGAACCUUCAGUUUUUCAAAACAGAGUCGAAUUUCUGCAAAUUUGUUCUGAGAUGCGUUGUGACAUCACAACACCAAACCCCUCCUCCGUUGAUGUGUGUACAUGAG